UGAUGGAAGAGAAGUAGCGCGCUUUCAAACCGCGUGUUUCCGGUGUGUGUGUGUGUGUGUGUGUGUGUGUUCGUGUUCAGCUCUCGGUGGAAAUGGCUACAGGAGUAGGGGCGAGUGUUUCCUCCUCAGAGCCGGAGUUUGAACGAACUGAAGGGGAAAUGCGGGGGACUGAUCCCGAGGAGGAGAACAGCGCACACACCGGCCCUGUCCCCGGCCCUCAACACCGCCUCGCUAAAUUACCCCUGUCCCGCAUUAAAGCCCUCAUGAAGGCGGACCCGGACCUGAGCCUGGCCAGUCAGGAAUCUGUGUUUAUCAUAGCUAAAGCCACGGAGCUGUUUGUGGAAAUGAUUGCCAAGGAUGCACUUGUUUAUGCACAGCAAGGAAAAAGGAAAACCCUGCAGAGGAAAGAUCUGGACAAUGCCAUUGAAGCAGCAGAUGAGUUUGCGUUUCUUGAGGGUACCUUGGACUAACUGUCACCUGCCUUCCUGUAAUAAAACUGAUAUUUUGUUUAUUUUUGUACAGUUUGGACUGGGAAACACUCUUUUCAGGACCAACGGGGUUGUUUGUCUUUUUUUUUUUUUUUUUUUUUUUUUUUAUGAACAUGUACAGUCUAGAAUAUAUUGAUAACUCUGUGAGGUUUCAUCUGUGAAGUGUCAGUUUUAUUUGUGAAUAUUACUGUGCCUUUGCAAAGUAUUUUAAUGUUGAAAUAAAAUCCUCUUAUUAUUA